AUGAGCCAGUACGUCAAUGUGCCGAAGUCCGAGCUAGACGAGGCUCAACUACGCCAGUUGGAGGAACACGAGAUCAGCCAGGGCCCGCUAUCCGUCCUCCAGCAGGCGGUGAGGAAUCACACACAAGUCCUCAUCUCCCUCCGCAACAACAAAAAGCUGCUUGCCCGCGUCAAGGCGUUCGACCGGCACUCGAACAUGGUCCUGGAGAACGUGAAAGAGAUGUGGACGGAGAUGCCCAAGGGCAAGAAUAAGAAGGCCGUGAACAAGGAUCGGUUCAUCAGCAAAAUGUUCCUCCGGGGUGACUCUGUGAUUCUUGUUCUCCGCAACCAAUGA